AUGGCCCUGCCGCCGCGCCUCGGCGGCGGCGAGCGCAGCUGGGGCCCGUGCCGCGACAGCGCGCUCCUGUGGACCUACCUCGAGCGCGCGAGCCCAGAGGACGGCAACUGGCUGACGCAGCCGGACGCCGGCGUGGUCCUGCUCGCAGAGGGGCUGGACGCGACAGCACAGACGGCGCAGGCCAACGGCUGGCCCGGAUGCAUGGCUGCGGCGGGGCCAGAGGGGCUGGUCUGGGCGCCGCCGCCGCCGCUGCACACGCUCUGCAGGGAGCGCGGCGGCGGCGCGGCGCGCGGCGGCUGCGGCGCGCGGCCGCUCCCCCUGCGCGCCGUAGAGCAUGCGGAGGUCCUCAGCAUCCGGCUCGUGAGGCUGCUGGGCGCGUGGCAGGGGGAGGAGGGCGAGGCCGCCCUGCAGCACGGCGCUCUGCAGCUCAAGUCGAGCCACCGAUUCCCCGUGGAUGUGGCAAAGGCACUUCUAUCGGCCGGCGCCCUCGUCACGCUGCGCCGCCUGCGCGGCGGGCCCGCGGCGGCCGGCGCGGCGUCGCCCCCGCUGCAGCUGCGGCUGCUAUACCCGCUCUCAGUCUCGCUGCUGCAGCACGACUGCAUCGUGCCGCGGGGCCUGUACCUGCGCCGCGUGGCGCAGCCGCUCGGCAUCGGGGCGCAGGUCAAGAUGUUGUGGAAGAACGACAACGCGCUGGCUUACACCUGGUAUGGCGGUGUUGUGGUCGGCGAGCGGCAGCGGGCGGAGGGCGACCCCUGGGCCGGCGCCGGCUCGCCGUGGCGGCGGUGGGAGGUGACGUGGCACGGCUUCGAGGACAAUGCUGUUGCCGAGGAGGAGCGGUUUGUGCACGGGUGGGAGCUGGUAGAGGAGGGCUGCUGGGCUUGGGACAAGCAGGAGGGGCAGCCGCAGCGCCCACGCGCCGCGGCGGGGGCUGCGGCCGCAGAGCACUCGGACGACGACUUGGGCGCGCGGCGGCAGGGCCAGCGCAGGUGA